CACAACAUUCCUUGAAUGCGUUCCGUUAUGCAACGCCCCUGGUCACAAGGCUGAGCACGUUGGCUGACGGCCCUGAGGCGGUGCGUGAUCGUCUGCAUGACCUUGAUAAGUAACGUUACGCAGCCCAUAUCCGUGCGCUGCACCUUCAAACGUUUCUGGCUAGCUAUACGUAUUCCUGCAUCGAUCCUCUGGCGGGAGAUACUGUCGAAGUUCUCGCGCCUCAAAUUGUAUCCUCUGGUCCAAUUGAUGAUCUUCUGGACGAACGUUUGACAGGUAUUCGCUGUGCACUCAGAUCACCAUGUAGACAAACUUAACGACAAGAAAGAUUCGAAAAUGCAUCGCCAGGACUCGAUCUCGUCGCAGCUCAAACGAGGGCGUUCUCACUGGGUAUCAUCACUCACAACAUUCCUUGAUAAGAAACGUUACGCAGCCCAUAUCCGUGCGCUGCACCUUCAAACGUUUCUGGCUAGUUAUACGUAUUCCUGCAUCGAUCCUCUGGCGGGAGAUACUGUCGAAGUUCUCGCGCCUCAAAUUGUAUCCUCUGGUCCAAUUGAUGAUCUUCUGGACGAACGUUUGACAGGUAUUCGCUGUGUACUCAGAUCACCACAGCCUGCCACAGUCAGCUGUCCAUCAAUCUAACAAAAGAUAAUUUACCGUCUUAGGGCGUUGAAUGGCCAGACCUGCCAGAACCCUUGAUGCUCUAAGCUGCUUUUAAAGGCUUCCACCAUACGUGCAACACUCGCCAUUCUGAACGCCAUGAGGCUCAUCCUCAUCGCAUCUUACAGUUCUCUCGCAUGUGCUAAGACGUUGUUGGACCACAACUUGGUUUAUAGGUCUCCGUUCCAUGACCAUCCGCAAUUUUCACGCAAUGUCCUUGAGAUACAAACGCGAACUAUCCAGCUUGCACGAAGACAGGUGGAGGCCGCGAGCCAAUUCAAUGACGACCAU